AUGUCGUCACUCCAACGCGCGAUCGCACACAACUCGGCGCAACGAUUUCUUCAAUGUCAACAGGAAGAGGAAGAGGAAGCCCGAGAGAAAGCCCGUCAAGCGGAGGAAGAAUGGCAGCGGGCACGAUGGGAAGCAGCAAGGAGGGAUAUGGCCAACGGCACGUUCAAGAGACAACCAGAAAUCCGUAUCCCCGUCAUCAUCACACCCAACGCCCCAGUCCCUUCAACCAAGGAUUUGCAACAACUUGCUCGGAUGGACUCGGUUCCCGAAGCUCUCGAGGCAACGCUGAUUAGAGCUCACGGGAUCAACUUGGAAACGCCCGUCACAGUCACAAUCUGUCUCAUCAAUCGCGAGGAGAAAGCGAGGCUUGAGGAAAAGGCCAAUGUUGAGUAUAACGCGAUAGGGAAGUUUAUAGUUCGGAUUGGGGAGCAGGAAAACCCCAUUUUUGCCCCCGCCACGCUUGCUCAGUACGCGACCCCUGAGCAAGAAGUCCAGAAGCGGCCCUGGGUCGACAUGAUGGGCGCCCCCUUCCUCUGGAGGGUUGCUGCCCACAAUAUCGACAAGUCGACGCUUGAGCUGCUCGAACUCUGGCACUUCAAGGCGUCCACGAGGAACGAGGACGACAUGCGCAAGGGCAAGGUGUUUCAGGUGCACGACGACUUCAAGAACGCAGCCUGGGUGCCAUCUGGGUAG